GUCCCUAUCUAACAUUUCACUACCACACAGGGAGUGUUGUGUUUGCACGAGCCAGGAGCGUACAGUUUCUGCAGAUGUGAAGUUACAAAAAAAGACUUUGCAAAAGUUUUUUUUAUCAUACAUAGUUCUCGGUCACGCAAAGGCGGAAAAAAGCAUCUCAACAAUGGCAGUCUUGAAUAAUUUCACGAAGAUAUGCUGGAAGAACUUUCAGAGCGACCAGUUGAAUAAGCAGCUGUUCUACGUUGUGCGUUCCUUACACAAGUCAGCAGCCAGCGAGGCUUUGGGGAUCUCUGCAACAGAAGAAGAGACCAUGCCCAACAGGAUGAUCAAACCGGAGGAGGUCAGCGAGAAAACUCAAAUCAAGACCCUGAACGACAUGCCCGGACCGAACACCCUGUCCAACUUGAUCGAGUUCUUUUGGAAGGACGGGUUUGGCAGAAUCCAUGAAAUUCAGUUGGAGCACCAGAAGAAGUAUGGAAAGAUCUUCAAGUCUCGUUUUGGGCCCCAGCUGGUGGUCUCCAUUGCAGAUCGUGACAUGGUGGCUCAGGUGCUGAGGGCAGAGGGGGUGGCCCCUCAGAGGGCUAACAUGGAUUCCUGGAAGGAGUACAGAGACAUGAGAGGACGGGCCACUGGGCUCAUCUCAGCUGAGGGAGAAGACUGGCUGAAGAUGCGGAGUGUGCUCAGGCAGCUCAUCAUGCGACCCCGUGAUGUCGCAGUCUUCUCUGAUGAUGUAAACAGCGUGGUGGAUGACCUCAUCCAGAGGGUCUACAGUCUGCGCACCCAGCAGCCGGAUAGAGCAACUGUCCUCAAUGUGAAUGACCUCUUCUUUAAAUAUGCCAUGGAAGGCGUGGCCGCUAUUUUGUACGAAUGCAGACUAGGAUGUUUGGAAAAUAAGAUUCCCCAGAAAACCCAGGACUACAUCGCUGCACUUAACCUCAUGUUCAGCUCCUUCAAGAUGACCAUGUAUGCUGGAGCUAUCCCCAAGUGGCUCCGACCCAUUAUCCCCAAACCAUGGGAGGAGUUCUGUCUGUCCUGGGAUGGUCUUUUCAAAUUCAGCAUUGUUCACGUCAAUAAGAGGCUCUCGGAGAUCAAGGCCCAGCUGGAGCAGGGAGAGGAGGUGAAGGGGGGACUGCUCACACACAUGCUCGUUACCAGGGAGAUGAGCGUCGAGGAGAUCUACGCUAACGUAACAGAGAUGCUGCUGGCUGGGGUCGACACGACAUCCUUUACCCUGUCAUGGGCCUGCUACCUGUUAGCACGACACCCUCAUGUACAGCAUCAAAUCCACACAGAAAUUAAAAAGACUCUGGAACCCGGAGCAGUCGCCACAGCCGAGGACGUCUCUAACCUGCCACUCAUCAGAGGGCUGGUCAAAGAGACUCUCAGGCUGUUUCCAGUUCUUCCAGGCAAUGGACGGAUUACCCAGGAUGACUUGGUAGUUGGUGGAUAUUUCAUCCCCAAAGGAACUCAGCUGGCCCUAUGCCACUACUCCACAUCUCUGGAAGAAGAGAACUUUUCGGAGCCUUUAGACUUUCAACCAGAUCGCUGGAUACGGAAAGAUACCACAGAUCGUGUUGACAACUUUGGCUCCAUUCCCUUUGGCUAUGGCAUCAGGAGCUGCAUUGGGAGGAGAAUUGCAGAGCUGGAGAUGCAUUUAGCUCUCAUAAGGCUCAUUCAGAAGUUCCACAUCUGCCUUUCUCCUCUCACUGCUGACGUCAAAGCCAAAACCCACGGCCUGCUUUGCCCUGGUGCCCCCAUCCACCUGCAGUUCAUCGACCGGGAAGUGGACGCACUCUCUUCUCCGUGAGGUCCGCUGUACUGUUGGAAGUUUUUAAACACUCUGCUUUUAGACACACUCUCCACUCCUAUAUUUUAGAUUCUGAGCUGAGAAUGAGGUUUUACUCAGGAAUGAAAUGUGUUCAUUAGCGACUAGGACGCAAAUCCAGGACAAAUAUAAGCUGUAAGAAUAACAUUUGGACUGAAAAUCCACUUUUUUGUUUUGUGUUUUGAUUGUAACUACUUCCAUGAUUCAAUUAAAUAUGGAAAAAUUAAACUGAUCUCAAUAAAAAUCUUUACAUACUCUGACUGUAGCCUCUUACACUAUUGUGCAUGUAUGCAUAUAAUGUGGGCACAAAUAUUAAUGCAUGUAGACAUUCUGUUUCCUCUGAGUUUAAGCUAGGGCAGCUGUGAAUGUACUUAGCUUAGCUAAGUUAGCUUAGCUGUUUAUAACAAGCUUGACACAAAGACUGUGUUACGAACCAAAUUUUGUUAUUUUUUUUCCCUUUAAAACUAGCAUCAUUUUUUUUUUUUUUUUUGCUUUAAUUUCUAGUGAAUAAGUGCAUUCAUUUACCGAAAAGGCAUUACAUGACUUAAAUCUGUGUACUGUAUAUUUCUGAAGUACAGACAAGAAAUGGUUUAAAAUAGAUUACGUUUUUUUUGUUGUUUUUUUUAAAAACAUGGCAACUAGUUGAAUUAUCUCAUGAGCUACAAUCAAUGAAUGAAAGUGCACAUUUUCCAUUAAUCAAUCCACUGCCUACGUUUUUUCAGGGUUUGGAUCAAAGAAUGUGGUUAGAAUUUUUGGUUUGUUUGCUAUUUGUGAGAAAGUCCUCACUAGCAUAUGUUUUAUUGUUGGCAUUUGUUGCUUUUGUUUGUUUUCGAGAUGGAAAAAGGUAUGUUACAGUAUAGUUUAUUGGAAAGGAGAGAGGCAAGUUGUUUGCGUGCGUCAGCGUGAAGAAUCUCACUGGUUGGCAAUUAAGAAAAAACACUUUAAUUUUUAUCUGCUUUUUUGCCUCUGUAUUUUUUUUGUUUGUUUUGUAGUUCCAGUGAAACUGGGAAACAAUAAAAUGAUUUAUUACAAUAAA